AUAGUGUACAGACGGGAUUCAGUCUACAGAUAAUACAAGUACAGUUAUUACCGAAUUGUUACACAUGGACUUAAAUAGGGAGAUGUUGGGGGCUCUCUUCGGUAACCUGACAACAUGCCUAUCCAUCUGGAUUGUUACACAUUGACUUAAAUAGGGAGAUGUUGGGGGCUCUCUCUUAUGUAACCUGGCCAUCUUGAUGUGUAGCACUCUAUAAAGCUGCUAAGCUAGCAUUUGUACCAAGGGAAGUGAACAAGUGCACACUUUGGGAGAAAGCAGAGAUUUAUUGGGAUGCCACUCGCUGUCGUCCUUCCAUGUCCAACCCCUUUAUAAAUGUGGGUUGUGUGAUAUCUGCCCCCCUCUCUUUAAAAUGCUCCCAACCGGCCCUCUUCAUUCACUACUUUGUUUCCAUCCUUCCACUUCUCUACCACGUAGGACAGAACAUCUAAGGUUCAGAAGGUGACGACAUGAAAGCGUUUACCGGAUCGGUUGUGUGUGUGGUGGCACUGCUAGCUGUUUGCACUGCAGGGCCCCCGGUGUUAUCCGUCACCACUAUAUUGCAAGAACCAUACACUAUGACCCAAGGGUCUGAGCUGGAGGGGUACUGCAUUGACCUGCUAGCGGAGAUUGCCAAAAAGUUGGACUUCAAGUACACCGUGCACCUGGUGAAGGAUGGAAAAUACGGGCAACAGGACGAGAGCGGCAACUGGUUGGGGAUGAUUGGGGAGGUGGUCCGAGGGGAGGCCGAACUGGCGGUUGCCUCUCUGACCCUCACAGCGACCAGGGAGCAGGGGGUGGAGAUGAGCACUCCCUUCAUGCAGACGGGCAUUGGUUUCAUCCUGAGCAGGGACCUGGGCUCUGAGGAGAGCCACUCCCUCAGCUUCCUCUUCCCCUUCUCAACCGAAAUGUGGGUGGGCAUCCUCCUGGCCUUCCUGGUGACCGGCCUCUGCAUAUAUCUGGUGGCUAGGAUAAGCCCCUGUGAGUGGGCAGACCCCGAGACAGACGAACACAGCUUCACUCUCCUACACAGCUUCUGGUACAUCACUGGAGCCCUGACCCUGCAAGGUGCUGGCCCACACCCUAAAGGCCUGUCUGGUCGCGUUGUCAGCGCCGUCUGGUGGGUGUUCGCAGUGGUGAUCCUGGCCUUCUACUUCAGCAACUUUAACGCCAUGCUUCGCUCGGAUUCCAAACACGUCUCGGUGAAUAACUUCGAGGAGCUGGCCAAACAGGACGUGAUCGACUACGGAACAGUCGAAGGGGGAUCCACGUUCAACUUCUUCAAAAACUCCAACAACCCCACCUACCGACGCAUCUACCAGCAUAUGGAGAGGAAGAAGAGUUGUGUGGCUUCAGUGGAAGAGGGCAAUCGACGCACCCAGGAAGGCAACUACGCCUUUAUUGGAGAGGCAGCGUCUCUGGACCUGGCUGUGGCUCGGUACUGCAACCUGAUCCGCAGCAGCGAAGUCAUCGCCAUGAGAGGGUACAGCAUUGCAGCACCCCUAGGCUUUCCAAUGAUGAAGAACAUAACGGUGGCCAUACUGCAACUGAGUGAGUCUGGGGAGUUGGCCUUCCUGCAGAGUAAGUGGUGGGCCAGCAGCUGCUUGCCAAAGGGGGGCCAAGCCCCACAUACCCUCCAGCCCCACCUCCUGAGGGGCCUCUUCCUGCUCCUGGCCCUGGGGUUGGGCCUGGGACUCCUCAUGGCCCUCCUGGAGCUUGCCUCCAAGGCCCGCAGUCAAGCCAAGGACCAGAAGAAAUCCUGCUGCUCAGUGUUGUUGGGAGAACUGAGUCAGCGCUUGGGAUUGCGUAGGACAAACGCAGACACAGAGACGUCAGAGAAGAGCAAAGCGUAAGGGAUGCGUUUCACUGGCUGGUUCCUAACAACACCAUAGAGUUGGAUAUGCAAAUAAGACCGUGUAAAUCCGGUCGUGUCCUUGAGAGCAGCAGUAUCUUCCCUAUCACAGUGUAUCUACAGCUAUAUGUUCUGUUUCAUAACGUACCACAAAGCUAUCAAGUUCCCUACGUGUAAAUACAAAGGCUUGUUAGAAUAUAUUCUUACUAGAGUUGAUUCCACUAUAGAUUCCACUCUGAAAAGGUAUUAUUAAGCCACUAAAGAAAACAGCAACAAUAGCAUUUCCUGUCCUCAGACGACAUGGGCCACUGCAUAAAUUAACUAACAGUGAUUAAAUAUUAAGUUGAUACAGGCUUUUCAACUAACCUCCAGAUGAAUAUGCAAGCGUAUGUUAUUGUAGGCCUAUUUGUUGUUGUUGAUAUGAACAGCUUUUUUGUUGUUGUACUGCCAAAAUAUGUUGUACUAAAUCACAUCUGAUUGGCUUUUAAGUUGUUUCAUUAACUGUUCUGUGUAAUGUUUAACUGUCUACCAAAUAAAUCCCUAGACAUGA